GUUUUAAGAGGCGCCGUCAUUAAAAUCCUUUUUACUGCUUACUGCAUGUGUUACACGGAGAUCGUGAACGCAGCGCCAGGCUCAUUACGAUCACGUGACAUUUUGUUGACGGUAGAAGACGAAGGAAGAUGGCGGCUCGCUGGAGCAGUGAGAAUGUGGUGGUUGAGUUUCGGGAUGCACAGGCCACCGCCAUGUCAGUGGACUGCCUGGGCUCGCACGCCGUGCUGUCGGGGCGGCGUUUCCUGUACAUGGUGAACCUGGAAGCUCCAUCUGAACCUCCGAGGAAGAUUGGGCGGCAGAGUAAAUGGGACGUGGGGACGGUCCAGUGGAAUCCUCACAGAUCAGAGUCCCACGUCUUCGCUGCCUCUAGUAACCAGCGUGUGGAUCUGUACUCAUGGAGGGACGGCUGUGGAGAAGUUCACACCUCCCUGCAGGGACACACCCGUGUCAUCAGUGAUCUGGACUGGUCCUGGUUCGAACCGGAGUUCUUGGUCACCAGCUCAGUGGACACCUACAUCUACAUUUGGGACACCAGGGACACUCGGAAACCCACAGUGGUGCUGUCUGCUGUCGCCGGGGCGUCUCAGGUGAAGUGGAACAGGAAGAACCAGUACUUGCUGGCGUCCAGUCACGACGGAGACGUCCGGAUCUGGGACAGAAGAAAGCCGAACACGGCGGCAGAGUACGUGGCGGCUCACCUGUCCAAGAUCCAUGGCCUUGACUGGCAUCCAGACAACGAGUUCAUCCUGGCCACAUCGAGCCAAGACAACUCAGUGAGGUUUUGGGAUUACCGACAGCCCAGGAAGUAUCUGAACAUCCUGUCCUGCCAAGUACCAGUGUGGAAGGCCAGGUACACGCCGUUCUCUCACGGUCUGGUCACAGUGAUGGUUCCUCAGCUGAGGAGAGAGAACAGUCUGUUACUGUGGAGCACGCUCGACCUCAACAGCCCCGUCCACGCCUUCGUCGGACACGACGACGUGGUGCUCGAGUUCCAGUGGAGGCCGCAGAAAGAAGGCUCUAAGGAUUACCAGCUGGUGACAUGGUCCAGGGACCAGACUCUGAGGAUAUGGAGGGUGGAUCCUCAGCUGCAGAAGCUGUGUGUCAGCGACGUGGUGGAGGACCUGAUGGAGGGCAUGUCUCUCACCAUGGAGUCGGAGAAGUCUCUGUCCUCUCAGGAGCCCGACAGCCAACACGGCAUCAGUGCUGCUGCUGAGAGCCUGCAGGAUCAGGACUCUGGAGGUCGCCAGGACUCGGCGGUGGGUUCAGGUCUGCCCCAGACUCUGCAGCAGGAGUUCUCUCUGGUCAACCUGCAGAUCAGAAAUGUCAACGUGGAGAUGGAUGCGGUGAACCGCAGCUGUGUGGUGUCGGCUCACUUUGGCGGCCAUCAGGUUCACCUGGUGGUGAAGUUUCCUGCUCAGUAUCCCAACAACGCUGCGCCCUCCUUCCAGUUCGUCUCCCCGACAACCAUCCCCUCCGCCAUGAAGACCAAGAUCCAGAAGAUUCUGACAGACACAUCUCUACAGAAGGUGAAGAGGAACCAGAACUGUCUGGAGCCAUGUGUCCGACAGCUGGUGUCCUGUCUGGAGUCCGACAUGACGCAGGAGGACGGUCCGGCCUCCGGUCCCUUCAUCCUGUCCAACCCCGUCACUCCGGCCCUGCAGGCGUUCCCUCGAGUCACCAACACUUACGGCUCCUAUCAGGAUGCCAACAUCCCGUUCCCUCGCACCUCCGGCGCUCGUUUCUGUGGCACUGGCUGUCUGGUUUACUUCACCCGACCAAUCACCAUGCACCGCUCCGCCCCGCCCACUGAGCCCACUCCCAGGUCCCUGUCUGCUCUGUCAGCCUAUCACAGCGGAGUGUUGACUCCGAUGAAGAUGCGUUCAGAGUCUCAGAGCACUCUGCGGUUGUACAGCGGCAGCCCGACUCGCUCCGACAAAGACACCGUGUCCAUCUCCUCCUUCUACUAUAAAGAACGGAAGCUCCCAAUCUCUGCCUCCCGCCGCUGGUCUGUCCAAACCCUUCAUGACUGGCCGAAAUCACGCCGCUUUAAGACGAAGCGAGAGGGGACGGACUACGGCAGCCGUCCCAUCAAACUGGCUGGUAAAGUCAUCAUCCAGGAGAUCUCCUGCCUGCUGCCCGUCCACAAAGCUCUGGGAGAGAGCUACAUUCUGAACGUGAACGACAUCCAGGAAACGUGUCAGAAGAACGCAGCGGCGGCGCUCGCAGUCGGACGGCGAGACGUGGCAAAGGUGUGGGCCCUGGCCUCUGCAGCGACCAGUCAGGACCUGUGUCCAGACUCAGACCCAGACACAGAGACCCCUUGGGCCAGACAUCCGUUUGGACGCCACCUGCUGGAGACUCUCCUGGAUCACUACAGUCACAUGAGUGACGUUCAGACUCUGGCCAUGCUGUGCAGUGUGUUCAGAGCUCAGGCUCCGCCUCCAGACUGUUACGCCCUGUAUGGACACCACCCAUCACGCUCCUCCAUCAUCCCCCCACACCACUCACGAUACCCCAGCUACACAUCCAGCUCCAUCACCUCGGGCUCGUGCUCCAGCACCUCUGACUCCAUCACUGCAACCACCUGGAACACAGGUAGAGACUCUGAGCACACCAACCCUUGGGGUGAAUCCUCUCCUGACGACUAUCGCUAUGGCAACCAGGGUUACACAGAUCCACGGGAACGAGAGCGAGAGCUGCACGACAUGAACAAGAGACUGCUGGACCCCGCCAACAUGCUGCAGUUUGAGGACUUUAAGAAGUGUUACGGCGAAAUCUUGUACCGCUGGGGCCUGCGGGAGAAACGAGCCGACGUGCUGAAGUUCGCCUCCUGCCCCCCUGAGCCUCACAAAGGCAUCGAGUUCGGCGUGUACUGCUGUCACUGUCGCAGUCAGGCUCGUGGAACCCAGUGUGCCGUCUGUAAGCGUCUCACCUUCCAGUGCGCCAUCUGCCACGUGGCCGUACGAGGCUCCUCCAACUUCUGCCUGAGCUGCGGUCACGGCGGACACACCAGUCACAUGAUGGACUGGUUCCGCCGGCAGGACGAGUGUCCGGCCGGCUGCGGCUGCCGCUGUCUGCUGCAGAGCACCUUCUGAUUGGACGCCGACGCUCUGCAGAGAAAAACCAACCGACCUCUGAUCAGUCAUUGACUCCAUCAUGUGACCACAGGGAAGCAGCUGCGCUUACAGGUGGCAAUGGGGAUGUCUGUCCAAGACAAACUCCUGCUCAGAGUGCUGGACAUUCAUCCACAGUGUGAAUCCUCCUCAGCCCGGACGCUUCCUGAAGGAUGGACACUGUGUUUUUGGCAUGUGAUGUUUCUCUAGCAGGACUUUCAGGACGAGAUGAUGAAAUGUAGUCAAAGGUACAAACUGUAACUGUGAGACAGGAAGAGGACCGUCAGGUUCACGAACGUCUCACCCUCCACCACUCACCACACUCUGAUGUUAGCUGCUUUUACACCUAACUAAUGUUUAGUUUUAUAAUCACAGCAGGGAAAAAUGUCGGUAACAAUUAGCUGAAAACACUUUUGGUCUGAGCAGCUGAUUGAGUCUGUUUAGCAGCUUUUUCUUGAUAAAUGUUGAAGCAUUUAUGAAAGUUGUUGUCAUUUUCGCUCCACAUUGAGCCAAAGUGCAACUUGAACUUCCAGGUUCUGCGCCGCAAACAACAAAACCUUAUUCAAAUUUAAUUUAAAGAGUUAAACAUCCAUCAGAACAAAAUGUUUCGUCGCCAGGCGUUGUCACUUCAUUUUGCAGGAUUUGAUCUGCUCGUGAAGAACGAGUGCAAGCUGCUGCUCAGCGACUGUUUGGUCAGAUGACCCAGUAACACCAAGAGGCAGCGGGGAAGACAAACAACAAACAACAAACAACAAACAGCCAGCCAGCAGAGCCACAACACGCUCACGUCUAACACUGCAGUCACUUUAUUUUGGUUGGAACAGUGCAAAUACUCACCGGGACACUUUUGGUGAACUUUAUUUUGUCUCUGAAGGAAGAGUGUUUCACGCUGAGCUAACAGUUACGCCCGUCGCAGUUUGGUGAAAGAGAGAAAUGUGUUCGCUUGUAUCUUUCUGUUGAGGGAAGAAUAUUUCCUGUCUUGACAUUUUGAGUUUAUUUUGUUUAUUUAUCAGACUAAAUACAGCUGAGAGAUGUAAACUCGGGUCACUUAAAACAAUAAAAUAAAAUGAA